AUUCUUAUGGAUGAAUGUGCUUUGUGUCUUUCUUAUCCUCAAUUCCCAGAAAAAAAAAAAGUUUCAUUCUCGAAACAGUGAGGAAACAAGAACAGAACACAAACACAGAAAUGUUACAAAACCCAAAAAUUCUGCAAUCCUCUCUUAAAUUCCAUCCUUCAGAGUUCCAAAAUAUACCAAAUUCCCAAUCUUUUCCAAUCAGCAAAUUAUCUCGCAGACAACUCACAAUCUUCAGCAACUCAUCAUUGAUUCUUUUGUUAAGCUCGCAGACUCUAGAACCACUAAACCUGUCAAGAUCACGUGAUGAAGAAAAUUUAGCAGACACCACUAAAAAUGAUCAACAAGAAGCCCAGACAAGUAAUAAUAGUACAGAUUGUUCCAACAAAAGCAUAACGAAGCGAGCAUUUCUCGAUAUAUCCAUCGAUGGGGAACCUGCAGGCCGCAUUAUCAUUGGGCUAUAUGGAGAGGAUGCAGAAGCUGGAGCUGCUAGAUUUGCUAAUCUUGUAAGUGGAGCUGCUGGUAUUAGCUAUAGAAGAAAAGAGUUCGUUAAAAUUAUGCCAAAUUAUGUGCAACAUGGUGGUGUUAGAUCGUAUGGUGUAGACGCAGAGCUAGCGAAAAGAACAGGAAGUGACUUAGAAGCUCAAACUCAAACUCUCACGGAUGAAUGGGAAAGACAGAAUGAGAUGUGUUCCUCCAGCGUUAAGAAUUCAGUUGGAAGUGUUAGUAUUGUUGUUAGAGAUCCCUCAAAACCGCCUCCAAAGUUGAAGUUGAUUGCAAGGAAAGGGAAGCUUGAGAUUGAUCAAGAAGAAGUCGGUACUGAUCCGAAUGGUACAGAGUUUGCUAUUGCCAUUAGGGAUUCACCAGAGCUUGAUGCCUCAAAUCUUGUGAUCGGAAAAGUACUGGAAGGAAUGGCAGUUGCAGAGAGAAUCCAACAAGUGAAGACAGUGCAAGAGAAUACCAGUUCUCCUUACUUCAGAGUCGCCAAGCUCAUAGGAGACAAGAGAGCAGUUGUUGCAGAAAGAGGCUUCAACAGGCCAUAUUCAAAGGUGAUCAUCACAAAUUGUGGCUUGAUGGAAUAAAGCAAAAUGCUUGAUGAAACUCUUUCUUGAUUUUUUUUUCUUUUUUUUUUUCAUAAUGGAAAGAGUACAAUUUCAACAGACAAAAUAAAUUCCUAUUGCUAUUCCUGCCAAAAUCUCAAUAGUUUUCAAAAAAUGCAAGCUGUCUCAGAAGCAAUAGUUCUUAUCAUAA